AUGUCGAACGGAUUCCGGCGCGGCCCUCUCGAUUUCGAGUCUGACGCGGCCGCGAGGCGGGCCGCGCGCGUGGAACGCGACUGGGCCCGGGAAUCGGCCGCGAGGCUCCGGGCCCCGCGCAUGAUCGACGUGCAUGGAAUCAAAGAAGAGUUGAAUCAGCGGCAGGGGCAGCUCUUGACGGAGAUCCAGCAAAUUAAUGACGUCUUGCACGCCCACAUAAUGGAGACGGUGGAUGGGCUUUCCACGAGAGAACUUCGCGCGCCCGGCGGCGACGGCGACGCGCUCACCGGUGCAAAGCUCCGGAGCAUAGAGCUCCAGCUCAAGGCGGCCGCGCUCCAGGGCGAGUUCAAAGGCCUGGAGGCGGCGCGCGAUCUCCUGCACGAGGCGGGCGUCCGCGCCUUGAAUGAACGUCUGGCCCAGAGAGAGUAA